GUUGACAAAGAACUUUUGCACUAAUAACUAGUGUAGUGCUAUCCCGAACGGGAAUCAUACAGUUUCACUCCCACCUUGAGGCUUCAGCACAACGAGCAACACGAUGACGGAUACCAUCUACACGUCGGCCUAUCCGUCUGUCCACAUUUGUCGUCGUUCUAUCUUCACUCAUAUUCUUGGUAUCUCUUCAUCUUCCCCAGGCACAGUUGGUGGCUUCCCCGCUUCAUCACCCGCAUUCAUAGAUGCUCUUUCCGGUACAACAAUUUCUCGUGGGGAAUUUCGCUCAUAUGCUCUUCAGUUAGCAUUCUCUCUUCAUAACCUCCCAUCUCCCCUAGAAAAUCGCACCAAGACAGUGCUCAUUUUCUCUCCUAAUUCAAUCACAUGGCCUGUCAUGCUGUUGGGUGCGGUGGCCGCUGGCUUCCGCGCGACGCUUGCAAACAGCGGAUAUACCCCAAAUGAACUAAAGUAUCAAUACAUUGAUGCAGGAGCUCAUCUUGUAUUUGUCCACCCUUCGCUGGUUGGGACAGCCCGGACCAUGUUAAGAUCCCUUGGAUGCUCCGAGCAAGAAAUACGGAGCCGUAUCAUCGUGGCUGGAGUUCAGUGGAUCAUGGGUGCCAGGAACGUGUCUGUUCCAGAUGACCAACUGAAAGAUCUCGUGACCAUAACUCAACUACUUGGUCGCGGCGAGCUCAAAGAAGAAGUCAGUUUCGACGGUGAACGGUCAAACGAGACUGUAUAUCUCUGCUACUCCUCUGGCACAACAGGUCAACCAAAGGGUGUCGAGACCACACAUUACAAUAUCAUCUCCGUCCUCGAGAUACUCAAACCUGUCUGGCCUAAUUCCAAGCCAUGCCUUACUCCGUCCAUCCCUGCACAAGGUGGUGUAGAUGUCCUCUUCGGGUGUCUGCCCUAUUAUCACAUCUAUGGCGGAGUCAAACUUCUCCAUUUGCCGUUAUUCUUAGGCAUACCCGGGGUUGUCAUGGCAGGGUUCGACCCCGAUGGCUUCUGUGCCACUAUCGCAAGAUACCGCGUGACUAUUGGCUUUGUUGUCCCACCAAUGCUAGUAGUAUUUGCGAGACACCCAGCUAUUCAAAAACAUGACCUCACCUCCCUUAAGAUUCUCUUCUCAGGCGCCGCACCUCUCGGAGCUGAGCUUGUCUCGGCCGUGAUGGAGCGCAUGAAGAGUAUUGGCGCAGAUGUGGAUAUUCUACAAGGAUAUGGCCUCACAGAAACAUCACCGACGGUAUUCCUCCUCCCCGUUCCUGACGCCAGCAGUCAUAUUGGGGCGGCAGGAGUUCUGCUUCCAAAUUUGGAGGUCAGACUUGUUGGCGAAACUGAAGGCGAACCGCACACAGAUAUCCCAGGCGCUGGUGAGGUAUGGGUGAGAGGGCCGACGAUCAUGAAGGGAUACCUAAACAACCCUACUGCAACUGCUGAAGCUAUUACGCCUGAUGGGUGGUUCAAGACUGGUGAUAUCUGCGUGCGGGACAAGGAUGGGUUCUUCACAAUCGUGGACCGGAGAAAAGAGUUGAUUAAAUAUAAGGCGAGUUUUUGCUGCGAUGCAUCUGGUUGUCAUUUCUCAUUUGGUCACGCACGUAGGGCUUCCAAGGUGAACCUACAUUUAAAUUUCUUCCAUGCUACCGCCCAACUGAUAGGUAAUGUGCUAGUUCCUCCCGCCGAGCUGGAGUCAGUGCUGUUACAGCAUGCCGAGAUCGCAGAUGCAGCCGUAAUUGGGAUUGAGAGUAAGGAGGAAGCAACGGAAUUACCUCGCGCAUACAUAACGCCUUCUCGCCCACUUUCCCCCCAGGAAGUGUCUUCAUUCGCACUAGGUGUCCAAAACUGGGUUUCACAGCGUGUAGCGUCACACAAACGACUAAGAGGAGGGGUUGUCAUCAUCGACAAGGUACCGAAAAGGUCUGGUCACACUGCUGCCUCUUUCCUCUGUCGCCUGGCUGAUGAGGCGAAAUAAUAGUGCCGCUGGAAAGAUCCUUCGCCGUGAGCUUCGUGAGCGUGCAAAGACCGAUGUUGCGGUAGGACAAUUGAAACCUCGCGCAAAGCUCUAGUCCUAGAAUGGGCCAACCUCUGCUUGUGAGGCAAGGUGAACCUUGAAUACCAAGGGACUCGAGAGAGUUCCAUCUCCUACUAACAGAAUCCAUCGGAUGUUUAUUGUAUGUCGUAUGCUUAUCAUUUACACUCACUGUACUGUUGGUGGUGGUGCCCGGAUACCUUACAUGAUCUCGUAUAUACACCAUUGGCUCGCUGACAACUAGAAGCACUUAGUCGAUUCUUUCUUCUGUCCGAGAUCCCCAGAUCGGUUGACCGGCAUCUCGUCUCUGAUGUCACGCUCAUGGGCCAAGCAUCAAAAUGUCACAUCUAUGAUCAGUGAGAAAUGGAUAUAAACUUGAAUUGGAUGAACU